AUGGGGUGCAUCUGCUCAAAAGAAAACAAAGACAAAGUUGAUGAGUAUGAGAAAGAGAAAGAAAGAGAAAAAGAGUCGAACAAGUCUUCAGUGCAACUGGUUGCUCCUUCUGUCUCAACUGCACAGUCAGAUAGUACUAGAGGCACGGAUGGUUCGGUUCCCCUUAUUGUUGACACAUCAACACAAGCAAUUAGAGGGUCUGUCGUAGUGACUGCAGAGGAUAAAAGCAACCACUCAGAUGCCACACAAGGCCAGCAGAAGAGGCGCGUGACAGUGAGUUGUGGUGUAGAUGACAAAAUGCCGAUGAUGAGCAGAAUACUUAGCGUGCAGCAUAUUGCAGGAGAACAAGUUGAUUCCGGAUGGCCGAUUUGGUUAUCUUCAGUGGCAGCAGAAGCCAUCAAAGGGUGGGUGCCUCGACGGGCAGACUCUUUUGAAAAAUUAGGCCAAGUUGGACAAGGGGCUUAUAGCAGUGUGCAUAAAGCUCGUGACCUUGAGACUGGUAAAAUUGUGGCUUUGAAGAAGGUUCGGUUUUCAAGUGCAGAUGUGGAAAGUGUUCGGUUCAUGGCAAGAGAAAUCUAUAUUAUGCGUCAACUUGACCAUCCCAAUGUCAUGAAGCUCGAGGGUCUUGUUACUUCAAGAACGUCCACCAGUUUGUACCUUGUUUUUGAAUACAUGGAACAUGACCUCGCUGGGCUAGCAACUGUACAUGGCUUGAAGUUAACUGAAUCACAGAUAAAAUGUUUUCUGCAGCAACUGCUUCGUGGGCUUCAACAUUGCCACAGUCGUGGUGUGCUGCACCGUGACAUCAAGGGUUCAAAUCUUCUUAUUGACAACAAUGGAAAUCUUAAAAUAGGAGAUUUUGGUCUUGCAACAGUGUAUGAUCCUGAAAAAAAGCAGCCAUUGACUAGCCGUGUUGUGACUCUGUGGUAUAGAGCACCUGAGCUUUUGCUGGGUGCUACAGAGUAUGGAGAAGCAAUUGACUUGUGGAGUGUUGGUUGCAUUCUAGCCGAAUUGCUAGCGGGGAAGCCGAUCAUGCCUGGAAGAACAGAGGUGGAACAAAUGCACAAAAUUUUUAAACUUUGUGGUUCACCAUCUGAAGACUAUUGGCAGAGAACAAAAUUUCCUCAUGCAACAAGUUUUAAGCCACAACACCCUUACAACCGCCAAAUUUCAGAAACAUUUGAAAAAUUUUCUUCUACGGCAUUGGCUCUUGUUGAUAAGCUUCUGACAAUAGAACCAGAGGCUCGAGGAUCAGCAACUUCCGCACUCGAGAGUGAGUUCUUCACUACAAACCCCUUACCUUGUGAACCCUCAAGUUUACCAAAGUUUUCACCAAGCAAGGAGUUUGAUUCCAAGCGUCGACAAAAGGAAGCUACAAGGAAAAACCAGGAAGCUGUUAGAGGACGUGCACCAGCAUCGGUUUUAAGAGGAGCAGGAGAUACCAAGGCACUGGGUUCGCCACAGUAUAACGCUCAGGGAAAUAUAUCUAUGCUGAGGAAACCAAACAGUAUAAUGUGCCGUCAAAAAUAUCUGUGCCAGGAGAAUAGGGAGGCCAAGGAGAACGGUGAAGGAGGCAGAGUAAGUGUACACGGUGGCUUCACGCAUGCUGCUACAAUGACGCGAGGCAGUGUAGCAGGAUCAUCCACAUUGAGCAAGAGAGUAGAACCAUCUUUGAAGAAUCAGAGGUCUCAUUUGAAUCCUGCAACAGCAGAUUUAUGUACCUCUGCCCUCAAAAAGGAACCAGACUCGUCUGCUGUUGAAUCCACCAUGGGUUAUAUGCCGAAGAAAAAUAGGAUACACUACUCUGGACCAUUGAUGCCUCCGGGUGGGAACCUCGAUGACAUGCUUCGAGAGCAUGAGAAAUUGAUGCAAGAUGUUUUCCGUAGCGUCAAAAAGGCCAAUCUGUAAAACCAUUACCAUUCUGCUAAAAAGGGACUGCAAUGUAAAAUCUUUAAGGAAAAGAAACUGGGUUGUCUCUGUGGCAAGAAGACAAACAUGUACCAUGCAUUCUUAACGAUGCAUUAUUGAUGAUGCAAAGGUACAUUUACACACGCAGGUACAUUGCAUCUUCAGCG